GCAGACGUCUUGGCCGCCAUUAUCCCCGUCCCUGGCAGCAACUGCAGGAUUAUGAAAAUGAGACUGACCGCAUCUGGCAGUAUUUUGUAUUAUCACUGUCUAUAUCAGCAAUGAACUGUAGCAUCCACCUUCUAGCUGCACCAUCAGCCGUGUGACUGGGAGAACAACGCGGCGAAUGGGCGGCUCAUCCAUUAUCCUGCUGAAAUUAACCUUGGUUCACCGGCGGGAAGAGUGCAUCUGUUUAUUGGAUGAAACGCAUUCUUAACUAUCGCCUUGAAUUUGUCACGCACGUUGAUUCGCAAGUUUUAAUUUGUUUUUAAAACCUGUAGCAAAGAGACAGGAUUAAAUCUAAGGUCAUCGUGACUUGUCUUCACUACAAUAACUCGAACAGGUUCUGUAACUCUUGGAGGAUGCCAGUUUCAACGCGUGCUUUACAGCAGAUGGCUAUAUACUUGGGAAUAGUAUCUGGAGGAGGAUGUGCAGUGAUGUACUACCUUAUGCAACAAAAUUUUGCCAAAUCAGAAUACUACAAGUUGGCAAUUGAAGAACUCAACAAAAAUGACACAGCAUUAGAAGCCCUGGGAGCCCCUCCAUUGCACAUCCGAAAUAUCAAACUCACUGACAGGAACAAUCAUGUGGAUGGAAAAAGUGCAAGGAUUAAAAUCCCAGUUUGUGGAUCAAAAUCAGCUGGAUAUCUCCACACUUAUUCUGUUCGGGAUGGUCUACAGAAAAGAUGGUUUCUACAAGAAGCUGUGUUGCAGCUGCUGGAUGGCCAACAAGUUUUAGUUUAUCCAUUCACUGAAGAUAAAGACCACCAACAUUAAUGCAUGAGCAAAGUUGUAUUCUUUACAAUGUAAUUCAAUCAUUGAUGUUAUUUCAAACAAAAUAAUUUUUCAAAAUAGUUUGAAGUUUAAAAUCAUACAGUUGUUUCUAAAAUUAGUGCAUCCAACAAUUUCAGUUAAACAGAAAAAUAAAGUCAAAGAUGUUGGAAAUCACAAACAAAAACAGAAAUUGCUAGAAAGCCCAGCAGGUCCAGCAGCAUCUGUGGUGAAAAAGCAGCGUUACGUUUUGGGUCCAGUGACCCGUCUUAAGAAUUGAAGAAGGUUCUGAAGAAAGGUCUCUAGAUUCAAAAUGUUAACUCUGUGUUCUCUCCACAGAUGCUACUGGACCAGCUGAAUUUCUCAGCAAUUUCUGUUUUCAUUUUAUUUAAAGGAUUGAAUUGGCCUGAAAAAGGUUUGUAGCAAUGUAAGGAGAUUUUUUUUUGUUGUGUCCUCAAACCAUGUACGGACGUGUUCCUGAGAAUAAAUGGUAAUUCUGUUGAAAA